CCACAUAGUAGCAAAUACAAAUAAAUACACACACAAAGCAUGAAACCUACAUUACUUACCACUCUUUCUUUUCUCCUCUUUGCCUUAACCACAUACUUUCCAUUAGCCUUUACAAAAUAUAUUUACGACACAGAUGGAUACCCCCUUGCUCCUGGUUACAAAUAUUAUAUUUCGCAAACAACGACCUCUGGACAAGAAGGUGGUGCACUGAUCCUUGGUGAGACUGAGACCGGAGGCGGAGGUGUUGAGGCAUGCGCACUUACCGUACUUCAAGAAUUUUGUGAGGAUGAUGAUGGCUUACCAGUCAGAUUUAACGUAUCCGAUGGCGGAUACGUGAUAUCUGAAGAUUUAAAUGUGGAAAUUGAAUUUGUUAGUGAUGAGAAACCAUGUGCUCAAUCUUCCAAAUGGGUGGUGGUUGAAAAUCCUUUAAUCUUCAAUAGUAAAUGGAUUAGUAUUGGUAGUUCUGAAGAUCUAGGAGAUGUUACUCAAAUCAUGGAUGGUGUGUUUAAAAUUAAGGAACAAGGUUUGGGGUACAAGCUUGUAUUUUUUUCGAAAUGGAGUAGGACUUAUUUUGAUAUUAAGAGAUAUAAUGAUGUCGAUGGAAGGCGUCUAGUCGCGAUCAAUUUCGAGUCUAAAAAAUAUCAUCCCUUUGAAGUUGAAUUUGUUAAUGCCAAAAGAUAUAGAAGAUCUGUAGUUUGAAUUAAAUCUGAAGGCAUUUGAAACUAUAGAAGUUAUAAGAUAAUAUCAUCCCUGUUAUAAUUUGUUCUAUUGAAAUUAUUGUUUCAAUGCCAUGAAUGCAGAAUGCUAUAAAGAUGAUUUUUAGCAA